GUCCCGGGGGCCUCGGGCCGGGCUGCCCGCCGCGCUGCCUGCGCCGCCGACCGCGGACCCGAGAUGCUGGAGGCCCCGCCCCUGCUGCUGGCCGCUGGCGCCGUAGGCCUGGCCCUGCUCGCGCUGCGGUGGCUGGCCCUAUCGGACCUGCGGCUCUUCGGCUGGGCCUUUAUCGGCUGGAACGAGUUCAUCGUGAACCCCGUCCGCAACCUCCUCAUGGGCAGCAGCAAGGAGCAACGCAUCCUGCAACACGUGCUUCAGCACGCGGAGGCCGGGGACCCGCAGAGCGUGGUGGCCGCCAUCGACAGCUACAGCUCGGAGAAGGAGUGGGCCAUGCACGUGGGCGAGAAGAAAGGCGAGAUCGUGGACACUGUGCUGAGGGAGGAGCGGCCAUCCGUGCUGCUGGAGCUGGGCGCCUACUGCGGCUACUCGGCGGUGCGAAUGGCCCGCCUGCUGCUGCCGGGCGCCCGGCUGCUCACCAUCGAGCUCAACCCCGACUAUGCCGCCAUCACCCAGCGGAUGGUGGAGUUUGCAGGCCUGCAGGACAAGGUGACUGUCAUCCUUGGAGCAUCCCAGGACGUCAUCCCCCAGCUGAAGGAGAAGUAUGACGUGGACACACUGGACAUGGUCUUCAUCGACCACUGGAAAGACCGCUACCUGCCGGACACGCUUCUGCUGGAGGAGUGCGGCCUGCUGCGGAAGGGGACCGUGCUGUUGGCCGACAACGUCAUCUUCCCUGGGGCGCCCGACUUCCUGGAGUACGUGCGCGGGAGCAGCCGCUUCGAGUGCUCGCACUUCAGCUCAUACCUGGAGUACUCCAAGGUGGUGGACGGCUUGGAGAAGGCCGUCUACAGGGGCCCGAGCGGCCCCGCCCGGCCCUGAGCCCUGCUGGGGGGGGGGGGGGGG